ACGGGUAUUAUAGUAUAGAUAACCUUGAAAUAUUCUAAAUUGUCAGCUGGUUAGCAAACAUAAGAUCAGUGAUGGUUAUUUUUAAAACAUUUUAGUUUUCAACUUUGCUUUAGCAUAACACAUACCCAAAAUGCCUUUAAAUUUACUCAAAAGUUUCCAUUUUAUAUUUACUUUGGUUUUAAGUUGUCAAAGAGUUUUACAUGACUUCCAAUCUUCGUUACUGUUGUGAGAUGGCGUAUUUUUAUCUCACCAGAGGAAAUUUGGUCGAUUUUAUGUAUACCAUUUUAAGAUAUUAAACUUGUUUAACAUAGAGAAUGACUAAAUGAUCUCAUUUUUUAUAAACUUUAUUUUUAGAAGAUAAAGGCGGUGGUGGUAAAAGUAGUGGCGGAGGUGGCGGCGGCGGUGGUGGUGGCGGUGGUGGAGGUAAUUACUUGCAUUUAAUACCUUUUAGUUUGUUUUAUUUUCAAUCAAAAUAAAUUUUAUUUAUUCAUUUUUAGGCGGUGGUGGAGGUGGUGGUGGCGGUGCUGAUGCUGCUGCAGCCGCUGGUUCUGCUGCUAAUUUAGGAGCUGCCAUUGGUAUAGAUUUUUCUUUUGUAAUAUCUUUUUGUUUAUGACUUGGACCAAGUGCUGUUCUUCGUAUAUUUAGGAAAGAAAAAAUAUCGUUUUGUACUAUGUUAGUAAAGUUUAGCAAUUUAUUGUUAUUAGCAUCUUUGCAAGCCACAACUAACUUAGCGCAUGCUCAUUUUGUCAAGAACGCACAACCAACAAAUCUUACUGCAAUGGCACCAGUAGUGCCUCAACUCAAUACAGGCAAUAUAGGUCCAGCUGUUGGGGCAGGUUUUGCUGCAGCUGUUGCAGGAGCACAUGCUCAGCCUGCUGCAGGCAAAGGUGAACAAGAACAACAAGAACCACAGGAACUUGGCUUGCCCGGACAUGGAGGACCAACCGGACCAAUUGAUAAGCUACACGGAGCUUAUGAAGUUCAUCUUAGCGUGCACAGUGAAUACGUACGUGGUUGCCGCCUCACAGCUAGUUCAUGUCAACCAAAUAAUAUCAUGUUAGGGCCACUUGGUGCAACAGCACAAACCAUCCUGUGUUCUGGAGGUUUGAAGGUGUUAUCUUUUGUUGCUAUGGAUUCACAAUAUGGCGUAUCACUGACAGUCAAUGGUCUACCAUCUUUCACUGUCGCUAUUGGUCCAAAUAUUGCACUAGAUCUUCAGAUCUCACCUUCUCGUGGUGCCGUGCUCGUUAAUAAUUAUCUCGUUGAGAGUCAAACCAAAGCGCGCAUGCACACACUAUCUGCAGUUCGAAACGGUGUCAAUAAACUGGCUAUUAUCAACAAAAUAGCUAGGAUGCGAGGACGCAAUGCACCUGGGUAUAGUUUUCUAACGAAUAGCAUGCUGGGAGGAAACUCGCUUUUAGGAAAUAAUGGUUAUCUUAGUGGUGUAUACAGCAAGUUUGAUAAACGCUCUAAGUUGCUGCGUAAGGUGAAAAAAGGAAAGAAGAAAAAAAAGAAGAAGAAAAAGAAAAAACACAGGAAGUGUUUGAUCCAUGGUUUUUCAACUGAUGACGAUGACAAAUCCCUACCAUCAUUUGGUUGACUCAAAAUGAAAAUUGAAAAUUAUUUUUAAAAUGUAUUGUGAACAACAGCACUUGGUCCAAAAUAGGAUGUAAAAAUCAGUAGUUGGUAUUUUCUUUUAUUAUUAUUAUUAUUUUUAUUAUUAUUAUUAUUAUUUUUAGCACAACAGGCAAUGGCGCAGACGGCCGCUGCUGCUCAAUCUGCCCAAGCAAGUCAGGCUGCCAUGGCUGCAGCACAACAAGUGGCUGCUCAACAAACAUUAACCAAAGCUGCUACUGAUGCAGCAAAUGCUGCCACAACAGCUAUGGGUUUAAUGGGAGCUAUGGGUAAGUACUACUCAUUUUACUGCAUUUGAUAACAACAUCCUUUCAUUGGGUCUAAACGAUUAUGUUUACUUUAGGUACAAUGGGAGCUGCAGGGGGUGGUGCUGCAGCUGGCGGCGGUGGUGGUGGUGGUGGCGGAGGAGGUGCUGGAGCAAGUGUUGGAGACUUGGCAGGAGCACUGGCGGCUCUUGGUGGAGGCGGGGGUGGAGGUGGAGGUGGUUUUGGAGCAUUAGCUGCUCUGGGUGGUGCUGGAGGAGGAGGAGGACUGGCAGGUGGGGGGCUCGGGGGUAAGAUAAUUACAAUAAUGUUUUUUAAUUUUCUUCGUGUGCAUAGAGCUUAGCUGCCUCGAUUUCAAGUCAGGUAAAAAUU